AAAUUUAUUGUCUCAGGAAAGAGCUGCGCGUAGCUACUAAUAGUAUAUCUAGAACAUAAGCAAUUAACUAAAUCCUUUCAAUCGCAAAUUGUGACCAUUGUACUUCUGGCGUUUUGAAUGCAUCGUAAAACUCUGCUAAAUCAGACAUGCUCUUUUUAUUUUGCCCUUAAAUGGAAAAAUGGAUUUGAAUUUGGCAUAUAUAUUCAGCAAAAUCCCGGAUGACGUAGUACCGGUCAAGGUGAUUCCCCUUGAAAAAAAAGAAAUUUCUGUCCUAAUUAAAUUGAACAACUCCAUCUCUAGCCGACCUCAUGACAUUUUCCCUGAGAGCAAGUGCAUUCUCGCCAAUUUGCAGGCAAAAAUUGACAAAUGCAUCAAAACGUUGAAAAUAGCUCUUAUUACGUCAUCAGGAUGGAGAAAUGCUAGCGAUUAUAUUCUGUCUCCAUCAAACACAGCCGUUCAAUAUCUACUUGCGACAAAUCUCAAAAAAUCGGCCAGAGAAUUUUUGAAACUGAGUACUCGACCCUACACGGGUAUUGCUGACGACGAACUGGCAAGCUGCUGGCUCCAAACCCUGUCGCGCUCUAUGGCAGUCACCAACGGAUUUGAUGCACUAGAAUUAUUAAUACAUAGUUUUCGUAUAUGUCGCGGGCUGUCUUCUAGCAAGCCAGAUGCCAAUCUCUACAUUCGACAAUUCAUCAGUGUCGACCCCUCGUUAGUGCUAAGGGUGUUUGUGUUUGAUGGUAGAAUAACAGGAAUUACUCAGAAGUAUGCGUUGUACUCAAAGUGGCUUAUCAAACACAAAAAGCAGGUCGAAGUCAAUUUGAUUGAGUUUGUAGAACAUAAAAUUAUACUCCUGGUACAGACAAAGAGCUACAUAUUAGAUGUAGCCUGCUUUCCCUUGGCAGCUACCGAGCCAGAAAGUGACUCAGAGCGCUAUUUUUAUAGGUGUUAUAACAAAGAAUAUGGAGAUUCGCUCAACCCAGAUUCAAGGUUUGUCUUGCUACAAAUACUCCCGUUUAGAAUCAAUUUCAAACCAGGACUUUUCCAAUGGCAUUUGGAUUCUAAAAUACUAAAGGAGGGACCCAGAGAAAUGAGGAUCAAAGAAACACAAAAAAUCCCUCACACCAAUUCAAAGUUUGAUGUUCAUGUCGGACUUGUUGUCAUCUAUGAGAAUUGGCUACAAUAUAUUAACGCAGUUUUGGAUGAACUUAGACCUCUGAAAAAAUUGAAACGUCUGAUCAUCAGACAAGCUGUCAUCUGGUUAGAAGUAUUCAUACUUAUCUAUCUCAUACGAGCAAUCUAUAUAAUAUUUGACGAGCUGCUCAAAAAAGCGCAAUUAAAAAAAUAUAUUUUUUAUUAAAAAAAAAAGGCCGAUGAUAUCAUCGUCUUUGUUCAGUAGUGUUAGCACCGGUAUCUUUUUUUAUCAGAUAUAGCCAUGGGUAGACGUCCGGCCAGGUGCUAUCGCCUCAUCAAGAAUAAACCUUACCCAAAGUCGGAGUACUGCCGUGGUGUUCCCGACCCUAAAAUUCGCCUAUAUGAUAAUGGGAAAAAGCGUGCUAAUGUAGAUGCUUUUCCUCAUUCUGUUCACCUUAUCUCUUGCGUUCGUGAGAACGUCUCCUCGGAAGCCUUGGAGGCAGCUCGAAUCUGUGCUAACAAAUAUGCCAUCAAAAUGACCGGAAAAGAUGGUUUUCACCUUCGCGUCCGUGCUCAUCCCUUUCACGUUCUUCGUAUCAACAAAAUGCUUUCCUGUGCAGGCGCUGAUCGUCUCCAAACAGGUAUGCGCGGUGCAUUCGGAAAGCCCUAUGGAACGGUCUCUCGCGUUUCAAUCGGCCAGGUUUUGAUUUCUAUAAGAACUACCGAGGCAAACAUCCCACACAUGAUUGAAGCUUUACGCUAUUCCAUGUACAAAUUUCCAGGCAAACAGAAGAUUGUCGUUUCAUCCCGUUGGGGAUUCACCAAAUACACGCACCAGCAAUACCGAGAACUGAGAGCUCAAAACAAGCUUAUUCCUGAUGGAGUCAACUGCAAAGAGAUCAAACCCAAGGGCAGGAUCAAUCCCAAACUCUUCCAAAAUAAAAAUAUCUAAUGUCAGGACUUUCUAAAA